UGUUGGCUAGACCAUUUCAAGCCUAUCUACAAGCCAGUUUCACAAAUGUUGCGAAAACCAGCUCAAUUUUCCUUUAAAGUAAAGUUCUACACGGCACAUCUUGACCUCCUAACGAACAAGCUAACAAGGCGACUGUUCGCGUUGCAAGUGAAGAAGGACUUGAUAGAUGGUGAACUAAAUUGUGGUGAAAAUACUGCUGCUUUGCUAACGGCCUUCAUUCUACAAGGUAUACUUAUAUUAUUUUCUAACAGUUUACCCCAAUCGUUCCCAUUUCGAUUCUCAAAUUGGAAAUGUUCUCUACUUUCACAAGUAGCUUAUCAUCGCCUAUUGGAUGCAGCCCGAAAAUUGGAGUUCUACGGCCUGAAACUACAUCCAGCCAGGGAGAAUGGAGGGAUUCUGCUCAACCUCGGAGUCACUCACGCGGGUCUCUUCCUCUAUCAGGGCAAAACUAAACUGAACCACUUUUCAUGGUCCAAGAUUCGCAAACUCAGCUUCAAACGCUCGAAAUUUCUUAUCAAACUUCAUCCCGGAAUAGAGCCCUUUGGGAAGGAUACUGUGGAAUUCAACUUUGACACUCGUGAUGCUUGUAAAAAUUUUUGGAAAAAGUGCCUCGAGCACCAUGCCUUCUUCCGGUCUCGAGAAAUUCGAGGUGAGGCUGGGGCUGGCGGAGGAGGACUGGGAGGAUUCGGCUCGGGAAUCUGGAUGUCUUCAGCGCCAUCUGCUCAUCCUUAUGCCUCUCAACCGAGUCUCCGUUGUGCUGAGGAGUUGGGACACAAUGGCGGUACUUUGAUUGAGAGAAAUAGUAACGGGAGCACGAGCGGUGGUGAUGGUUUGUCCAGACUCAGUCGUAGUGCUAGUCUCAAGGCUUCCAGUCGUAACCAGGGCCUUUUCAGCAAAGGAUCGUCUUAUCGGUAA